GUUAUUAUGAAUAUUUAUAGAGAGAUGAUUUUGAUAUUAUUAAAAAUUAAUGAUUCCUAAAGUUGUUGGUUAUGCAGCAUUUUAAUCGUAUGGAGAUCUGCCAUACCCAUCUCUUAAAGCUGGCAAAAGGACAUUAGACUCUAAUGAAGUAUGGGAGCAAAGUAAGUUUGAUUACCACAUUAACUUAGCUGUUAGAAAUGAAGACAAAGAGAGCUUUUAUAAGAAUUCCAACUAUCAUUAUUCAAACAAAUAAGUUUCACUUGAUUCUACUGUAUAACCUCCGCAUUAUAAGAAUGUAUAUAAGGCCAAUAAAGCACAAUUGGAGAGUGCAACUUCUAGCAAUUUUUUCUAAAAAACAGGGAAUUCAGCAAUAACUCCAGAGAAUCCUCUACUCAAGACUGGUUGUGAACAUUGGAAAUCUACAUAUUAAGCAUCGAUUGUGGAUCCAUAUGCAAAAAAUAGAGCAAUCCCUCCUGAAUGGAGUUAAAAUAGACCUCCAUAUGUGGUGGAAACGAAAGUUGGACCAUCUGAAUAUAAGAAAUAAUAUGGGUAAAUAGGAGAGAAUCCAAGAGAGAGAUUAAAUUAAUUAGAUGAAACUCAUCCAAGAACAUUUGAUGAAUUGAGACUAGGAACUUCAUAAGAAGCAUAGCAUGUGCCUGGAUAUACAGGAUUCAUACCCUCAAUUAUUACUAAUUCAAAAGCUAUUGAACAUGGAAGUGGAACUGAACCAAGAACAGAUUUCAUGAAAACUAAUUUAAAAGAGAAUUAUCAUACUAAAAUACCAGGAUAUGCUGGACAUGUUCCAAGAUCUGUAGUCAAUCAAAGAGACUAGCCAAGAUAAUCCUGUUUUAGCAAUUGAUACAGAUUCAUUUAUUAUUAAUAAUUAAUAUAUUUUAUAUAAUA